AGUAAGAGAGGCGCGAAGGGGUUUUAAUUAACUCGGACUGAAGCUGCGAAAGGCACGUUUUCAAAGAUGAAAGGCGCUUUGACAAAGAGCUGCAGAGGAGGAUGCCUGUCUUCUUUCAUCCUUAUCUCAUACGUCGUCAUGACCGCUUCAAUGACUCUUGAUCUGACCGAGCUGAGAAACAGAGUUUCAAAGCUGAAAGUGAAUCCAAAGGGCAAUCUGUGGGCAACAGGUCACUUCAUGGGGAAGAAGAGUGUCGUGGACAGUUCGUUCAUGGAGUCUGCUUUUCAGAACGUUAAAGCUCCCAAUGAAGCUACAGCAGUUCGCCCUCUGCAAGGAGUGGAAGACCUUCAAGCACAGCUCCUCCAGAUGUUGAAAACUGCUCAAGAAACAAGAGAAAAGGCACUGGACAUAGGAGAUCCUGCUUGAGGAACGCUGCUUCCAACAGAUGUUACAUCCUAACUGUGAUCAUCUGAUUUCACACUGAUGAAGAGGAGAAGAGUCUUAAAUUUUGUUUAAAAAAAUAAAAAUACAAGCUCUGAUAUA